GGAGUCUUAUUGGAGACACCAGCAAACGAGAAGAGUGGCAUACGCCUCCACCUGUCUCUUGUUCUCUUUAUCUCUACAAACAAGGCACAAACAUUAUACGCCGCUCGAUUGCAUAAGAGCCCCUGCCUCCUUCAAGCAACGCUCCGGAAAUACCCACCCACCAUGGCUCCCACAGACGAGAGUACCCAAACAACCGAUGGCAUAGCCAACCAGACUGAGCCUCGCGCCGGACUUCUGGACGAGUCUACCGCAAGGGAAGAGAAAUGGAGUGUAGAAAGCGUUGUAUCUCAGCUUCCCUACCGAUAUGCCGAAGGGACCAAUUCCCCCAUCCCCUUCUUCCACCUGCUCGAACGUCUCAAGACUACCCCACGAGCGGGCUGGAAACGCUUCGGCGUGCCAAACUGCGAGUCGAUCUCGGACCACAUGUACCGGAUGAGCAUUCUCACCAUGAUGGCACCCGCCUCCAUCUCCUCCAAGCUUGAUAUCCUCAAAUGUUGCCGUAUGGCUCUCAUACAUGACAUGGCGGAGUCGCUAGUGGGAGACAUCACACCGGUGGAUCCAGUGAGUAAGGAAGAGAAGAGUAGGAGGGAAUCAGAGACCAUGGACUACAUAUGCGGCAACCUGCUUGGUAAAUUCAACGGAGGUCUGAACGGACGCGAGCUUCGGGCAAUAUGGCAGGAGUAUGAGGACAGUGAGACCUUGGAGAGUAAGUUCGUGCAUGAUAUUGAUAAGGUGGAGUUGCUGGUACAGAUGCUGGAGUACGAGCGGACGCACGGUAAAGAUCUGGGAGAGUUCACGUGGGUGGCAACGAAGAUCCAGUCUGCUGAAGUGAAGGCGUGGGCAGACGUAAUAUUCUGGGAACGGGUUCAGCUGUGGAAGAGCCGUGGCAUUGAGAAUCCGCAUUGGAAUGGCGUGGAACCGCCCAUGUCGAAACCGCCUUCUCUGUAGAUAUCAGCGAUUUCGACGUUUCAGGCCUGGAGUUUGGCCAGUAGGCAUGUAUCUGGCGAAUCAUGGCAAGGCGAUCACGCAUUCGGUUCCGAUUACAAGCGCACUGAAUCCUUCAUCGUCAUGCUCAAAUGACCUCUAUAGACAAUGCAGCUGAAAUUAACGCAGAGAC